AUGGAGUCCGCCGAAGCGUCCGCAGCGGCCGCAGCUGACACGGUCGCUGCGGCUGCCGACCUGCUCCCCGCGGUCCCAGACGCGCAGUACCACCACCGCGUGCCGCAGCACCCGUUCAACACGCACCUGUUCGUCAACACCCUCGAGCGCGCCGCUGUGCCCGCCCCAAAUGCGCGCGUGCUGAUGGAGGGCGUGCGCGGCCUGAUCACGGCGCGCACGCAGCGCGCAGUCGACACGCAGCUGUCCGUCGAGGAGAUGGACAACAACGCGUACCUCUUCAAAGCGGCGCUCAGCGAGCUGCGUACCGAGAUGAGCACGCGCGCGAGGAACGACGGGCUCAAGCUGCGCGCGGUGGCCAACGCCAUCCGCCGCGAGGUCGACGGGCUGGACCAGACGAUCAAGGAGAGCGUGCUGCAGAUGAAGCACGACAUCGAAAUCGACAUGAACAACCGCAAGGCCGAGACGACGGCCGAGCUCAAGCGCUUCGACAUCGCAGUCGAGGAGAUCAACAACAAGUUCACCAUCUCGCUCGGCGAGCUCCGCACCGACAUUGAAAGCAGUAAAUGGGACGCGACGCGGCGUGCCAUCGCGGUGAUUAUCACGCUGGUCAUGUUCGGCGUCGUCAUGUCGACGGUCACGAUGGGCGCUGCGAAGGAGGAGAAGGAGAAGGCGGAGAAGGAGGAGAAGGAGAAGGCGGCGAUGAAGGACGCCGCGGUGGGCCCGGACGAGCACCUCGACGACCACGCGUACGAGCACGCGGCGCACCAUGUCGACCCGGCCCUCAACUCGCGCGUCGACCAGCUGCUCGUGGACCGUGCGGUUCUCGACCGGGAUAUCUUGGCUGGCAAGGCUUUGGCCAAGAAGGAGAAGGAGAAGGAGGCGGGCAGGAUAUAAUGGGCUUUGGUUGGC